AUGUCCUCUCAAACUCCGUUUCGUACAGACGCAAAAACUCGGUCGUCGAAGUAUCAACAGUACCUUGAUGAAUGUAACAGCUUUCACGACACUCUCCUCGGACUUUGUGCUGGUAGAUCUGCACUACUUCGCAUUCAGAGAAAGCGAACCUUGAAAUACUUUCAAAGUCUUCCCAGUCCUCACGAAUCCAGCGAUAGAUAUACUGAAGUUGACGGAACACAAGCAGGUUUUGCCGACGAGGGCAUUGCUGGUGAACGGGUCGCAAACCGAAGUUUUCUUCAGCCAUGGAAAGAGCCAAACUUUGGUAUUACUUUUCGAUACAGAAUCUCUCCCGAAACUCCACUCUUGCAACACCCAAACGCUAGCUGUUCCACGUCUUGUGGCCCUGCCAGUUCACCCCAGCCCUCAGAGGCAGAGAAAGAAUCAGAACGGUAUCCUCAGUCUUCGACUACUCUCGAUAUCCCAAAGCCAAAAGAUACUAACACGAUUACAUUGACUUGUCACUUAGGACGCCACAAAGAGUCUUCCCCAGCGGCUGCUCCACUUCCCACUGGGCUUCGACGAGCUAAGAGGCAUAUCAUAGAUUUGGAUGCGGCUUGUGCAUCUGCUAUCUCUGCAAAGGAUGCUGCUGCAAAGAACGCCACGGUGAAAACAGAAAAUGACCAACAUGAGGUACAAAAAGUUACCAUCGCCCGUUCACCCCGCUUUCUCAGAAAAGCGAGUCUUCUAAAGGCUCAUCUUGCUGCGAAUACCGAACAAGACCGUUGGGACAUGAUGGAAUGGAUUAACUUGUGCAGUGGACCCCGAGAAGACGCCCCCAACCCUGUCCCAAGAUUGGCACGCCAGUGCAAAGAAUACUACUUGACAAAGAACUUCAACCCGCUGAGCAUUAGUCCCACGAUUAGGCCCGAUCAAGUCAGGAUGCAUAAUUAUAAAAUGGCUGUAUUGCUAGCAAAUCGAGCUGCUCCCAAGACACUGGCGGCUCGCCAGGAGGAGCUAGCUCGCAUGAUGGACGCCGCUGCUCGCGAAAAGGAGGCAGCUCCCAAGAUUACCUAG